CCGAUGGAUUUCUUAAACGACUCUAAUUUUUCCCUCGGAGACACUAAUUUAACAACAACAGCUGUAGAUGGGGCCCUUCACUGCAGUGCCAUCCUCCCCGUCAUCUUUGGCAUCAUCUGCUUUCUGGGUAUCAUGGGCAACUGUAUCGUCAUUUACACCAUCAUGAAGAAGACCAAGUGCCGUGCCAAGCAAACAGUUCCAGACAUCUUUAUAUUAAAUCUGUCAAUUGUUGAUCUCCUGAUUCUCCUUGGGAUGCCAUUCCUCAUCCAUCAGCUGCUUGGCAAUGGCAGCUGGCACUUUGGAGCCAAAAUGUGUACUGUCAUCACUGCGCUUGACUCCAAUAGCCAAAUAGUCAGUACUUACAUCCUCACUGCAAUGACCCUUGACCGUUACCUGGCUACGGUCCAUCCAAUCCGCUUCAACUACAUUCGCACACCGUGUGUGGCAGCGCUGGUGAUUGGCCUUGUGUGGAGUCUGUCCUUGCUCACCAUCAUCCCGGUGUGGAUGUACGCAGGUCUGAUGCCUCUACCGGAUGGCCUGGUGGCUUGUGCUCUUCUUCUGCCUGAUCCAGUCACUGACACGUAUUGGUUUACACUUUACCAGUUCUUUUUGGCAUUUGCAAUCCCUUUGGCCAUAAUCUGCUUGGUGUUCUUCAAGAUCCUCCAGCAUAUGUCGACCAGUGUUGCGCCGCUGCCUCCACGGAGUUUGAGGGUUCGCACCAGGAAGGUGACCCGCAUGGCAGUGGCCAUUUGCCUGGCUUUCUUCAUCUGCUGGGCUCCUUACUACAUCCUUCAGCUGGUCCAUCUCGGGGUGCAGUACCCAAGUGAAGCGUUCUCCUACGCCUACAACAUAGCCAUUAGCAUGGGAUACGCUAACAGCUGCAUCAACCCAUUCCUCUACAUCAUCCUCAGUGAGACCUUCAAGAGGCAGUUUCUCAGGGCAGUACGCCCAGUUAAUAGGAAGUUUCGUGUGGCCCCAAGCACCACGGAUGGGGGCAGCGUGAGCGUAAGAAUGGUGCCUGAUGGGGCUCAGCCGGAGCAUGUCUCUGGGGAGAGGAUUCCAUCCAAUGUGGCCUCACAGUGA